CCUAUUAAUAGCGAACCGGAGAGUAUCUUUGUCGUGUGUUAAGCAGAGUCGCCGUCGGUUUCGCAGCGAAAUUCGUCAGUCGAUUUACCGUUCCGCGAUACAUUCUUCGCACGUACACGCCGGGGAAACGCGUAACUCGAUCGGAACACGAUGUUCCGCAAAAGUUUGCGCCCGUACCCGGCAGCCGUUCUCGUUGUCUGUUGAAUUUCCUGGCCGUGGCUGGUCUAAACAUCGCGAAACUAGAGUGCCCUGUGUGUACGGAUAGAUUGGCACAGUUAGACAGGUGAAUAGAAGCGAAGGAAAAGCGCGGAACGGGUUAAAGGAAGGUUGAAAAGUGGAGCUUUGCUGAGGAAGAGCGCGGCGGUUGGUCGAACGCGUGUGAAUACCGCAAGAUUCUUCGAAGGUUCCACGAGUUUGCCUUUACCUAUAGACGAACUGGAAGGAAGUUAAAACCACAUUCGAGUGAAUCUAAAUAAAGAACUAUGUGGACCAGUGGAUGAGGUACGGGAUAGGGAGGGAGGAGCUGGCUGCGAGAGGGAUAUGCGGUGAGUAAGAAUGGUACAGCGGGCCGCAUGCAGCAUCGAGGCGAACACAUUCCCCAAUGGCGUACGGAUCAGCGACCGGGAAGGAAGAACGUCGGACGUCGUCGCGACGGAAGCGUCCGCAGACCACGUAGCACGCGCGGUACACGAGGGACGCGGCACGCCGAGGUUCUCCCUGUUCAAGUGGUUCAAACGGUCGGGUAAUCGCGAGUCGGGCGCGGACAAACGACGGAAAACGAUCGGCAAGUAUCCGGUGGAUGACAACGGACGACAAGAAAGCAUCUCGUCGAGCGUCGAAAGCGUAGACACGUUCUACAGCACCACGACCGUGCGCAGUUUCGCCUUUCACACUGGAACCCUGAGCAGAUGCGACGGGCUGUCGUUAGAUAUCCUUGAACAAGCAGCCGAGGUUGGUCCGUUCGCGGCUGGAGCAUCGAAAGUCGCUGUUGGCAACAAAGAGAACGAGCUCGCGGAUGUCGCUUGCACGUUGCCCACCAACCGAAGAGACAUCACCGCAAGAUACUCCCUUCAACCAUCGACCGCGUUCAAUUCCUGCGGAAAUCUAUCCUUUCCUGACAGACGACUGUUGGAGUCGUUGAAGAGGCUAGACGAUCGCCGAGCCAGCUGCAACGUCGGCUCCACUCGCCGGAGAGUCCACGUGAAGGGAAAGCGACGAGCGCCUAAUCCUCCCGUGAGCUCGGUGAAGAUAACAGAGGUAGAUGCACGGGAAACACCGAGGAACAGCAGCAGGCGGAAACGACGGGCGCCGAAACCGCCUGAGAAGCUGGCCGAGGGUAAUUCGUCCGCGGAGAAGCGCGAAACUAAGCUCACCGAUGGCGGAAUGGACGUAGAAAGCCGAGCGGACACCGAGGACGAGCAAACUCUUAGCAACGACACCCUGGUGCUUCAGGGUGGAGUUCUGUUGGCAAGGAAAGAGAUUAAACUGAGCGGGAAAGAGAAGAACGGGAAAGACACGAGCUCGAACUCGUUAGACACUGCCAUUCCUCGGGACAGCCCGUCUACGACCCAUACCGUUGGAACACUGAGCACAGCCAUGCCACGACCUUGGUACAAACGGAGCGUCUUCGAACAUUCUCGGGAUUCCGGACCGUCCAGAAGGGGCGAUGUUCUCCGAGGGCCUACAACCUCCACGGUUGAAAUAAAAGAAGAAUGCGCUGCAUCUAACAUGGCCGCCUCCACGAGCUACUCCGUGGACGCGUCUCUGUCGAGAUUGAACUUCUUCCAUCGAGGCGGACAGACGGACGAGCGGAAAAGGGAGGCGAAGAGGAAGUCAGGUCUGUCGAUUUUGACGAAUAUCAGCGAGCUCGACAAAGAGGCUGCCGCGAUCGUUCAAGAGGAGCAAGCCCGAGCUAGAGCCUCGAUGCUGUUGAAGUCUUCAAGGUUGGUCGACGCGUUGGAGAAGAGGAAUGAAGUGAACGAGGAGUUGGUUCAGGACAUCGUCGCGUCCGCGAUGGAAAAUUCAUCCCCCAGACGAGGCACCAGGGCUUUGAUCUCUAAAUUCAACGCCAUCAGCAACAUCACCAAAGUCACGGUUAACGCGAAUUUUUUCGCGAAGAACCAGAGGGAUCAACCAUCGAAAUUCGAAAGAGACGUGGUUAGAAACGCGAGACCAUUCGAGCAUGCUCCCGACUGGACGGAACACUCGAGAUUCUCCGUCCAGCCACCCCCUGCACAAAGUAGCCGCGUGGAGAAAGACAUCUCCAGGUACUUCCCGCCGCAGCAAAAGGCGGCGAGAAACAAAGUAGAGGCUCCUACUGCGAAGACCAUCUCGGACAAGGAACAAAACGAUCGACUGGCGAACGAGACUUUCAACAGGAUAUCAUUUUUACAGAGUCAACUCGCUGCGAAUCGACUGAACGACUCUGCUCAGAAGGACAGCGCGGCAGCUUUGAUAGAGGAGAAAAUUAAAUCGAGACAGCAAUUGGCUAAUGAAAAAAAGGAAAGAGAACCUAAAACUAGUAACGAGGAUCCAAAGAGGUACCUGUUGUCUCGCGGACCCGCGGAAAAGAAAGAGCAAGCUUUGAACAUUUUCGAGGAACCAAAGAAACUAGACAGACAACGUUUAGACGGUGUGCAGAAGGAAUUCUCGGAUAUUUUCGAGGAGAUUGAUAAGCAGUUACGUAGGAAAGAGUUGAAGCUCAUCGAUCGCCGUUUAUCCCACACGAACGCGACAUCCACUGAUCAACGGGGCAAAGUUCACGAGGAAGCCGGAAUAUCAAGUAAGGUAACUAAAGUGCUCGAUAUCCUUGUGGAGGCGGAGAAGGACGCGAAGACAAAGACGAGCUUUCAGCCGGAAAAGUCGAUACCGUUGGAGGAUGCUCGUUCGACGGUUACGAACGUAAAAACGAAAUCGGUCAAGACGAGAUCACCGAUACUGAACACCGUCGAGGAUCCAAUUACAACGGAUUUAAAAGAGAUGUUGAAGGAAAUGAAACACUCGUUACCAAAGCGUUCGAGACCCGGCAAAAUGGUGGCACGUAACGCGAAUGUAACGGAGAAAACCGAGGCACCAGGUGGCCAGGAUAAAACAACGUAUUUCGUUUCUGCAGUGACAAAAGUUGAGAACAUCGCGUUGCAAAACGAUUACGAGCUCGACAAACAAAAGGUUUCGUGUUCGGUGCAAACCAGCGGGAAUCUACGAAGGCUGAAUCAACCAUCUUCGUCCGUGGAGCAACCGUCCACUUCCGGAUGGAAACAGGAAAACGUUGUCUAUAAAACGUCCGGGAAGAAUGUGGGUGGUUCCGGACUGGUGAAGAAUACCUUUCAGUUGAUACGACCACGUGAUUUCGCUGAAAUUGAGGCUACGAAAACAACGAGAACCGGUAACAACGAGAACACUUACGCAAACGUGAUCGAACAAUCGCUUUACGCCAAUGCCCAUGUUCCACCUGUGCCGAAAGAACGUUCACCAAGGGAUAACAUUGGAAAAAUGAAUAAUAAUAAGGAAAUAACUACACCUGUGACGGUGAUUGAACAAAAAACAAAGGAAGAGGAGGAAACGAACGAAAGUGGUGAAGAAGACGACAAAACAGCGGAGAAAAACAUGAACACACUGGCCAUAAACCGAUUACUAAGAAAGUUAGAAGCUGCAAUCGCGUCUGGCCAUCAUCAACAAGCUGCCGGUUUGGCGAAGGAGCUGGCACGGCUCAAGAUCCAUUGUUCCGUGAUUCGACAACGAUCGGCUCGUCUCAAAGAUCAGUUGAUUAAAGUCAAUAUGUACAUUGAGGACAAGCUUGCUCACCAGGGACCUAUACCACUUCAGUUGCCGAGUAGAAUGACGGUGGCCGAGCUGAAGACAAAGAUACACACGGAAUUCGAAAUACCAACGAACGUCCAACGAUGGAUAAUUGGUAAAAAUUUGGCAGAUCGCGAUGAGGCAAGUUUGAACGAAUUACAAGCAGUGGAUGGAUCACCGAUAUUUCUAUACCUUGUAGCCCCAGAAUUAAGACAGACAAAUGUGAUACAAACGGAGGAAUCCAGCGAUGCAAAGGAGCUGCCAAAUGUCAUAAACGAUGAUGCAAGUACAUUCACAGAAGUACUACAAACUGUGGAAGAGGAUCACGAAGUAGUCGAGGAAGCUGAGGAGACAGAGGAGAGAAACACACCUGAGGAAGUGAGGAUGGAACGAUACGAGGAAUUGAUCUCUUUAGAAAACUGUGACGUAAUACCUAAUUCCGAGCCAAUCGAAUGUCCCGUAUGCUUCGUUACAUACGGCCCACGCGAAGGUGUAAUAUUAAGAGAUUGCUUACAUAUGUUUUGCAGGUCAUGUAUUGCUAAUACGAUUAGAUACUGCGAAGAAGCCGAGGUGAAAUGCCCUUACAGAGAUUCCGAAUACACCUGUGAAUCAACCCUCCAGGAGCGUGAGAUCAAAGCACUCGUGGAACCAGAAAUAUACCAACAACACCUCGCGAAAUCGAUUGCUCAAGCGGAAAACAAUGCCGGAAACAACGCGUUCCAUUGUAAAACGCCAGAUUGCCCUGGUUGGUGCAUUUACGACGACGAUGUGAACAACUUCCUCUGCCCGGUGUGUGGUGUGAACAAUUGUCUCACCUGUCAGGCCAUACAUGCUGGCAAAAAUUGUAAACAAUAUCAACAAGAAUUAAGACUGUCGAAGGAAACCGAUCAAGAAUCGCGAAGAACAGCCGUGAUGCUCGAGGAAAUGGUGGACAGAGGCGAAGCACUCGCGUGUCCGACGUGUGCGGUUGUUCUGAUGAAAAAAUGGGGUUGCGAUUGGUUACGUUGUUCCAUGUGCAAAACCGAAAUAUGUUGGGUAACGAGAGGUCCACGUUGGGGACCAGCAGGAAAAGGAGACACGUCCGGUGGCUGUAGAUGCGGAGAAAAUGGAGUCAAGUGUCAUCCUCGUUGCAAUUACUGUCAUUGAAUCAUUACUGGUAGACACAAUUACCACUGCAACAGAACCGAAAAUUUAUUUAUAUAUCAAUGUCAAUUGUCUCACGAUAUCGAGAUAAAUUUUCCUUUGAUACCUAAUAACGAAGUUUGAUAAUCGAUAAAGCUGAUAUUGAUAAGUAACACGUAUAUGUUACACAGGCUGCUUGCUCAACGAUUAACCUUAUCGCGGAACCGUCCUUCGUGGAAUUGGAUGUAAUGAAAGCAAUAAAAGAGGCAGAUACCUCAAUUUCUAA